AUGCUACAGAACUACAAAUCAAGUGGCACUUCCACUGCUAAAACAAUAUAUCAGCAAGCCAUGGCAAAACAACGCCGAUACUUUCGAUGUGCCAAGAAAGACUCUUGGAUUUAUUACAUAAAUGGAAUUAACUCUAAAACACCAUUGAGGUUUGUAUGGAAAAAGGUACGAAAACUUGCAGGGAAGUUUGUGCCACCCAAAACUCCCUCUUUGAGAGUAGGAAAUAACCUCAUUACAAACCCUUCCGAUGUAGCUGAAUCAUUGGAUCAAUAUUUCUCCAAUAUAUCUAGCCAUGAAUUCCAAAGUAUCAGGAACACUCAGGUCAAUCUGAAUCUAUCUGGUGAUAACCGGGAGGCAUACAAUGCAAGAUUCUCUCUUCAAGAACUACAUGAAGCACUCUCUUCAACAGAUGACACUUCUGGUGAAGAUACAAUUUUAAAUAUAAUGCUUAGGAAGGUACCUGAAGAGGCCAAACGCUACCUUCUUAAGAUCAUUAACAAACUUUGGGAGACUGGAGUUAUGCCGAGAUCAUGGAAAAUUUCCAUAGUAAUCCCAGUUCAAAAACCAAAUAUAGAUCCCAACAAAGUGCAACUAACAAGCUGUGUUUGCAAGUUAAUGGAAAAAAUUAUAAAUUAUUGCUUGGAAUGGCACUUAGAAUCAAAUUAG